AGACAUGUUUUUCAUUAUUUUGCAGCUCGAAACGGGGAUGAGAUAGAAAUUUGGUGUCAAAGGGACUUUUAUGUAAAAUUAGACGCCCGAUUUGAUGGCGUACUCAAAAUUCCGAAAAAACGUAUUUUUCAUCAAAAAAAAUUAAAAAAUAGUUUUGAAAAUGCUGCCAUUUCCCGUUACUCAAGUGUCAAAAAUCGUGAGAUAUGUCAUUUUAUGGGAAAUUUAACGUACAUUUCGAAUCUGCAAUAACCCAGAGAGGUCAUUUUUUCAUUUAGAACAAAAUUUUUCAUUUUAAAAUUACGUGUUUUUUCUAACUUUGCAGGGUUAUAUUUUAGAGUGUAACAAUGUUCUACAAAGUUGUAGAGCAGACAAAAACAAAAAUUUUGAUAUAUAAACAUAAGGGGUUUGCAUGUAAACUUUACGAGUUAUCAUAAUUUUACGAAAAAGUUUUUUGAAAAAGUGACAAUUUUGACCAUUUUCGACCCCUUUUUCGAUGUUUUCACCCCUAAAACUCAUUCGUGUGCUUUCAAAAGUAUUUUUAUCGAAAAGUUCAGCAAAUUUUGCAUUUAAAUGAUCUAUUGAACAUUGAUUUUGGCUUAGCUAUUGAAAGAAUGUGGGUAUUUUCUUUGAAAUUUUUUUUAAACCAUGAUUUUUGUCGUAAUUUUACAUUUUUUUUAUUUAUUAUUUUGUUUCUUUUUUUAUUCUCGCAAACUCAUUGCAUUAAGAUGAUCUCUUUUCAAAAAAUAUUGAGCAUUACUUGUCAAUAAAUUAAUAAAUUAAAUAAUUUUAUUAUUUUUUGCUUUGAACAAAAUAUGUAAACAUUUAUGCAUCAACAAAUUUGGUGCACAACCGCAUUUUUAUAGCAUUUCAUACCAAUCGUAGUUGCGCAGAAUCAAGAUGUGAAGACAAAAUAGAUUAUCUGACAAGUGCUUUAUCCCAUAAUAAAACAAAAAAAAAAUAACAAAAAACUCAAGUCUGAGUUUAUUGUUUCUGGCCCGACACAUACUUCGCAUUUUCUGCUAUUAUUUUGCGCGCAACUAUUCGACAUGCAGUGCUCUAUAGGCAAUAAACUUAAAUCUAUUUGUUCUGGUGGAUUAGUUGAUCAAAUUGGUUUGUCAGAUCGACAAAUUUUGUUACUGAAGUUGCGUUGUAAUGUAAAAAUAAUUAAAACAUUGUGUUUGGGCCACAGACGAUACUACUUGGAUUCAUACAGUGAAAGACAAAAAAAUUGCUGUAACCCACUAAACCUUCACAAACGACAACAUAAAGGAAUUUUUACUAUCAAUGAAAAAUUGCACGAUACCAUUCACAAAAAUUAUGUUAAAGUUAUUGAAGGCAGAAAGUUAUGCGUCAAUUGCAAAGUAUACAUUUUUAAUAAUUUGGAUAACUUAACAAGAGAAGCAGAACAGUAUCAAGGUUUGUUUUUUUAUAGAUUUAUUUAGUAGUUAUAGUCGUUUUACAAAUUUCUAUCUACGAUGAUGUUCGCACAGGGAUUGACAAUCAAGAAGAACGUAAUGCAGAGGUCCCAUUGAACGCUUUGGAGAGUAAUGAUUUAGAAUGUGGUAAGUAUUUGUGACAUUUUUCAAAGCAAUAUUUUGACAAAAUCUUCAUUCUUCCACAGAAUUAGGUCAAGUUUCUUCACAUGAAACUGCUAAACCAUCAGAUGAAAAUCUAAAUUCAAUAAACGAAGUUUUACAAGCAAUUGGAAAAACUCCAACCACUAAAAAAAAAUUGAGAAGAUCUGCUAAGCAUCGAGCCGAUAAAAUAGAACAAGUAAACAGAGAAUUACAAAAAUGCGUUCAUAACAUCAGCGGAGAAGUUUUGGUGGAACGAACAAGUUUAACAAAUUUAUCCGAAGAAGAACAAUACUUCCAUGAAAUGAUGCAGCAAUUAAAGCAAAAAUUUGCUACUUCUUCAAGUUACAACGAAAAAAUGCUCGUUUUAUCGGUUGUUCCAAAAUCCUGGAGCAUAAGCAAAAUUGCAACAGAAUUCAAUUGUACUCAACAUCUCGCAAGGAAAACUAAAUCCAUCGUUCAAGAGCACGGAAUAUUAUGCACUGUACAGAAAAUGGGAAACCCGAUAGGUUUAGAUAUUAUUGAUCAAGUAUUUCCAAUUUCUCCUUGCAUAUUUGCAUAAAUUAUCAUUUUUGUAAUUUUAGGUUGUAUCUUUUUAUCGCGAACCAGAUAUUAGUCGUGAACUACCAGGAAGGAAAGAAUAUAAAAGUGUCAAAGAAGGAGAUACUCGAGUUCAUAAGCAAAAAAGGCUGAUUUUAGGAAAUCUGAGUGAAAUUUAUUCGUGGUUCAAUGAAAAAAAACCGGAGUGCAAAAUAGGAUUUUCUACAUUUGCUAAGUUACGACCCAAAGAGUGCGUUCUAGCCGGUGCUGCAGGCACUCACACAGUUUGUGUGUGUCUUAAACACGAAAAUGUAAAAUUGAUGUUCGCCGGAUCAAAUCUACACCUUUUAACAAAUGAAAAAGGUGAAUCAGUGUUUCCAACAUACAGAGAUUGCUUAAAAAAAUCUCUUUGCGAACCUCCAUCCGAAGAAUGUUUUCUUGGAAGGUGCCAUGAAGAACUUCCAUCCAAUAGCAGAAAUGAGGCCAUGUAUUGUGGAGAAACGGAGCAAACAAAACAAAUGAUGCUUGAUUAUUUCCACGAUAAUUUCAUCGAAAACAUACAAUAUGAUGUAUGGGUGCAACAGGACCGAUGCAGUUUUGAAACUCACGUUAAAGACAGUGAAACAUUUUGCGAGAUGUUUGUAAAUCUUCUUCCACCAUUGAGAACGCACGACUUUAUUGCAAAAAAACAAGCGGAGUAUUUCAAGGAAAUAAGAGACAAUUUAAGAUCUGGAGAAAUCUUAGUCGUGGCUGACUUUUCGGAGAAUUAUUCCUUUAUUCAACAAAACAGUGUUCAAGGAGUGCACUGGAAUAAUGCAAUGUCAACAGUUCAUCCUUUUGCAUGCUACGUUCUUUGUGACGGAAAACCAAAGCCGUUGAAUGUAGUUAUAAUUUCGGAUUACUUGGAGCAUUCAACAAAUUCAGUUCAUUGCUUCCAAGGGCAACUUAUUACGCUUUUGCGCCAAAAGCAGGUGGAUUUGAAGAAAAUAAUUUAUUUUUCAGACGGUGCCGCAAGCCAGUACAAAAACAAAUAUAACAUGAUAAAUCUACGUUUGCAUGCUCAGGAUUUUGGAGUAAGUGCAGAGUGGCACUUUUUCGCUACUUCGCAUGGAAAAGGACCCAGCGACGGAUUAGGUGGAACUUUGAAACGAAAUGCUUCAAGGGCCAGUCUCCAAGGACAACGAAUCACAACGCCGGAAGAACUUUAUGAGUGGGCUAAAACUAAUGCUCCUGGGAUAAAUCCAGUAUUUGUGUCAAAAGAAGACUGUAACAAAACAAAGAAGCAGUUGGCAGCACGGUUUAAAUCAGCACCAAAAAUAGAUGGAAUAAGAAGCUUUCAUUGUGCUGUUCCAGAUGUAUCAAAUAGCAUAUUGUUCAAAGCAACUUCAACAUCUGAAUCCGGAACAGUUAUAGAAUAUCAGAACAAAUUAUCAAAAAAAAACAUUUCCUGUAAACACUAGAAGCGUGAAUAAAAAAAAGAAACAAAAUAAUAAAUAAAAAAAAUGUAAAAUUACGACAAAAAUCAUGGUUUAAAAAAAAUUUCAAAGAAAAUACCCACAUUCUUUCAAUAGCUAAGCCAAAAUCAAUGUUCAAUAGAUCAUUUAAAUGCAAAAUUUGCUGAACUUUUCGAUAAAAAUACUUUUGAAAGCACACGAAUGAGUUUUAGGGGUGAAAACAUCGAAAAAGGGGUCGAAAAUGGUCAAAAUUGUCACUUUUUCAAAAAACUUUUUCGUAAAAUUAUGAUAACUCGUAAAGUUUACAUGCA